AUGAAGUGUAUUUCUAUUAUUGUUUUAUUGGGUUUAUUGGGCUAUUACAUGAACACCCUUUACACCACUUGGUUACCAACCAACUACAUGUUCGAUCCAAAGACAUUGAAUGAAAUAUGUAAUGGUGUCAUAUCUCAAUAUAACACCACUGAUUCAAAAUUCGAUGUUAAAGUCAUGUUAAAGGACAUAAGAAAUGAAUUAGCUUCUCAUUAUGGUGAAGAAUAUAUCAACAAGUACGUCGAAGAAGAAUGGGUUUUCAACAAUGCUGGUGGGGCAAUGGGCCAAAUGAUCAUCUUACAUGCUUCUAUCAGUGAAUAUCUAAUCAUCUUUGGUUCUGCCGUCGGAACAGAAGGUCACACUGGUGUCCAUUUCGCUGACGAUUACUUCACUAUCCUUCACGGUGAACAACUUGCAGCUUUACCAAAUGCUUUAGAGCCAGAAGUUUAUAAAGCAGGCCAAACUCAUCAUUUAAGAAAAGGUUUCGCUAAACAAUACGCCAUGCCAAGUGGUUCAUUCGCCUUAGAAUUGGCUCAAGGUUGGAUUCCAUGCAUGCUUCCAUUCGGUUUCCUAGAUACCUUCUCUAGCACAUUGGAUGUGUACACAUUAUACAGAACUGUCUACUUAACCGCUAGAGAUAUGGGUAAGAACUUGAUUCAAAAUGGUAAAUUCUAA